UCUAGCGUUUCUCGCUUUCCGUUCCUUCUGCCACCGUAAACUUCUUCCUCUUACUGUUAUUCUUAUUCUAAUUAUUGUUAUUCUUCUUCUUGUUAUUAUUCGUCGUUUCUAUAACGUUCACCUAAAAUUUGCUUUAUAUGGAUUUUUUUCGAGUUCCAUUCCUAUUUUCCCAAAACAGUGUACGUGUUUUGAAGAAACGUCAAAUAACAACGUGUUGACUGCUCUCUCGCGAGAUUUAUUUAUAAGGAAGGAAAGAGAUAAAGAGAGAGAGAGAGAGAGGUGAGGUGGUCUACGAUCGGUAACGACACUACACACGUCUACUACGAUUGAGAAACGUUGGCCGUUCCUAGAGUGUCAAAGAUCGUUUUAUGCAAGAUCGCGAGAGCAUUGUUUCGUUUUCUUCAAACUUGGAUGCGUCUGUCGAUUGACAUUGCUUUCGGAGACGCGGCAUGUUCGAAAGCAUUCAAGAGAUUUCGCAGAAAUCGUUUUCAUUGUUCGAAGACGAUGUCAACGACAUCAGGCGGGGGGGAGUUCUAUGAGGAUUCGAGAAAGAAUCAAAGAGAAAAGUGAGAUCCUUCGAAAAGCCAAGAAGGAGGCAAACGCGAGGACAAGUAGGUACUCGUCGAGGUGAUGUUGCUGGAGUCGCGAAGUUUUGACGGCAGGAAGAGAAACGGACUGACACUGACUUCAUUCGUGGGUGGAGACGGCGGUAGAGGAGGAGGAGGUGGCGGCGGUAGCGAGGAGGACGACGAGGAGUCGAGGGAUCAUCGCGUCUUUCUCGGUAGGAAAAUGCAGGGCGAGAGCGCCGCCGCCUCCGCGGUACCAACCGGAAUUUCCGGCAUUUCCGGAUGUACAAGGGAUGACACCGAUGACAGCUCCAGUACCUCACCCAAUGCCAGUCUCCUAAACAACAUCAACAAUAACUGCAACUCUAAUCGACAAUGCGCUACAGACUUCAGCAUCGCGGCCAUCAUGGCCAGAGAUUCGAGGCAACAGCAACAACAACAGCAGCAGCAGCAACAGCAGCAACAACAACAACAACAGCAACAGCAACAAUCUCAAUCUCAAUCUCAAUCGCAUUCUCAGCAACAAACUCAACAGCAGCAACAUCAUCAUCAUCAUCAUCAUCAUCAUCAUCAUCAUCGACAUUCACAGCAGCAGGCCGUCGGCGGCGGCAAGCUUCAUCAACACGAAAGGGAACCGAGCGGUUCUGGUAUCGUCCGCGGACCACCGUCGGUUCAAGAAUCGAUCAACGCCGAAGACGAGCCGGAAACGGAUGACGCCGGAAGUACCAGCGGCAAGGGAGCCUCGCCCGUUAAUCCGUUGCUUCAGGAACGAUGGAAUUGCGAGGAGCUGAAGCACGUUGUUUGUCAUCUGGAAACCAAAGAUCUUUGGGAUAAAUUCAACGAAUUAGGCACUGAGAUGAUCAUCACCAAAACCGGAAGGCGGAUGUUCCCGACCUGCCGUGUCUCCUUCAAUGGGCUGAAGGCGGACAGCCGGUACGCGGUGCUAAUGGAUAUCGUGCCGGUGGAUAACAAGAGGUACCGGUACGCUUAUCACAGAAGCUCAUGGUUGGUAGCAGGAAAGGCCGAUCCACCGGCGCCUGCACGGCUUUACGUCCACCCUGAUUCACCGUUUACCGGCGAACAACUUCGCAAGCAAGUCGUCUCUUUCGAGAAAGUCAAGCUCACGAACAACGACAUGGACAGGCAAGGCCACCUGGUGCUGAACUCGAUGCACAAGUACCAGCCGAGGAUCCACCUGGUGAAGAGGCCGGAUUCGGGUACGGCCAAAUCCAUCGUUGAUCUCGAGAAGGAGUCGUACAAGACCUUCAUAUUCCCGGAGGCCAUAUUCACUGCUGUCACCGCCUAUCAGAAUCAGCUCAUUACCAAAUUGAAGAUCGACAGCAAUCCCUUUGCCAAAGGUUUCCGAGAUUCUUCGCGUUUGACCGAUUUUGAGAGUUUCCCUUUCAGGGAAACGAUGGAGUCAAUGUUGGCGGAGCAGCAAUCCUUGAGGUUUCCGCAUCGAUUGCCAUUCGAGAUGGAACAAUUACAGGCCGGGGCCGUUAGCAAUCUCAGUUUGGAAGAAAAGGCCUUGUGGGCCGCUCGUUCGCAAAUGUUGCUCAGAGCUGCAGCAGCGGUGGCAGUCAGUCCUUACGCUCAACUGGUGAGUCCCUCUCUGGUGUAUCCCGGUACAACUGCUACUUCGGCCGCUGCUACCGCUGGAACGAGUCACCAUCAUCAACAGCAGCAACAGCAGCAACAGCAACAACAGCAGCAUCACCAACAGCAACAGCAGCAGCAACAACAGCAACAACAACAGCUUGGGCACCUGUGGUGGGCGUCAUCGAUAGGUCCGACGUUGUUCGCGGCCGCUCAUCACCAUCAACAGCAGCAACUGGCAGCCUCGAGUUCUCAGCAGGGUUCGGUGGUCGGUGGUCCAGCUGCACCAAGACCUCUUUAUCCGUCGGCCUUGGCGCUGGCGCAUCAUCGAUUCUCGCCUUAUCACACGGCAAGCACACCGAAAUCGGCGACGUCUGCAGCGCCCUCGCCCUCCCCGUCACCCUCCAGACGAGCCACACCCUCGCCGACGGACAGUCUGAGCAGAGAGGCCCAGGAUCUUUCUCCUUCGUAGUCGGAACCUCUUCCGAAACACGGAAAACUUUGUUACGCGUUGCGUCGCGUAAAUUUGUCAAGUUCUUCGCAUCCGAACGUUUCUUUAUGCGUUGUGCGUUGUGCCGGUGCGCGGCUAUUUUGUUUUAUUCUCCUCGUUCGUUUUUGAACGAGACGACGAUGCAGGUGCGAAGGAAGGAAGGAAGGAAGGAAGAAAAUUGAAAAGUGCGUGUUAACGUAGUUGUACGAACAAUCGCUCGUGUGCCGUGAAAGCUCGUCAAAUUUGGAAGACGAUGAACGUCCGAUUCGAGGCAAGAGCGAAUGCCGAACGACGAAUGGUAAUUGUGGUGGCAAAGGUCCCAUUGGGGCCAGCAAAAUGUGCGACUCUGAGCUUGUUGAAUGAAAGAGCAGGAAGAGAGAAAGAAAGAGAGAGAAAAAGAAAGAGAAAGAGAGAAUGAAGUCUUCUUGCGCGACCCAUGACCUAUUCUAAGAAUGCUGGCAACCGUGGAGGAUUUCUUUCUUGAUUCUCGUCGAAUGACUAGUCGUUUUCUGUUUCUCUCACGCGUCGACUUUUUACUUUACGUUUCUGUCUACGUAUCAACCUUUUUCAUAUCAUCGAUCUCCUCGGUCACCGCUGAAACGCCUUUAUCUUUUCUAACGACGAAACGCUGAAAGGAAAGGUGGUCUUCUCUUUUGAAAGAACCUUACUAUCUUUAUCGUUUCGUUUGACGGAUAUAAAUAGCAAGUUGUUUCAAACGCACUCGACACAGGAAUGCCCUCCACCCCUUCCCCCUUCCCCUCUUCCCCCUUCCCCUCUUCCCCCUUCCCUCCUCCUCCUCCUCCUCGUCCAUCGAUGAAUUUUAUUCAUAAUUUGAUCUUUCUUCGACUCGAUGUAAAAAGCGAUUUGUAAAAGUGAGAAAAAAAAAAGAAAACAUGAGAGGACGGGAAAACGACUAUAUCGUAUUAAUCAUGAACGAAAAAAUUUGGUUAUGUUGUAAAUAUGUAUUCCUUAUAAUUUUAAAAUAACGAUAUAAGCCAAAAUAAUGCGUAGGUAUAUUCACAAAGGAUGCGUCGUAUGGCGACAUCCGCAUAUAUGCGAAACACAUGUAUAUAUAAAGUCAAACACACACACGUAUACUUAUACAUAUAUAUAUAAAAAUGUACAUAUGAAUAGCUAUAAAAGAGUAUAGCUGUAUCAUAGGUAUGUUAUAAUACUCUUAGGUCGCAAAUUGUACGUGUACAAAAUUAUACACCUACUACCACAACCUGUGUUAUGAUCUACAUCGCUAUUAUCGCGUAACGUAGGUACGAUUAUUUGCGACCUGUCAGUAUUAUUGCUCUCCAUUCCUGUAAAAUAAGCUGUAUAUUUCAUCUCACAAUUUAUCGUUAUUGUUAUUUAUGUUUCGGUUCCGUAUACUGCGCGUGGAAAAAAAUUUUUAAAUAUUUCGGAUCUCGUGAUACGCUUAUAAUAAUUGGUUACAGAAAAUGAAAAAAAGAAAUAAAAUAAAGAAAAGCGCUUCUAUUUAAGAGUACAAAAGAUUGUCGUUCAUUCGAUGACGAUAGGUGAUUCGUGUACUAUUUAACGAUAAGUGGUAAGAAAGUGAGAGAGAGAGAGAGAGAGAGAGAGAGAGAGAGAGAGGCGUACGCAAGAACGUCGUUUUGAGAAUUUUCCACCGUCGUUCCGACGAUUAUUACUAACGUAGAGUGUUGAUAUCGUUAAUGCUUGUGUUGUGAAAAAAAAAAAAAUGCAUAUCCAUUGCUGUGCA